AUAGUACAUUUAUUCUUUGAGUCUGCUUCUGUCUCUUCAUCAGCCUUUUCCCAAUAACAUAUUCUCUGACCGCCUCCUCGAAAUUUUCUAGUGUCUCGUGCGUAACUUCUGCUUCUCAGUCUGUAUAGAAUCCCAGAGUACCUUCAGAAGAUCGGCGUCCGAUUUUGAGGGGCCAAAUAUGGAAGCAAUUCAUGAGAUAGGAAAUUCGCCACCGCCUUUUCUGUGCAAGACUUAUGAUAUGGUGGACGAUUUGUCGACGGAUUCAGUGGUGUCGUGGAGUAAGAGUAAUAACAGCUUCGUCGUCUGGAACGUGCUGGAGUUUUCGAGAGAUAUUUUGCCCAAGUAUUUUAAGCACAAUAAUUUCUCCAGCUUUGUUAGGCAGUUGAAUACUUAUGGUUACAGGAAGGUUGAUCCAGACUGCUGGGAAUUUGCAAACGAGGGAUUCCUUAGAGGCCACAAACACCUCUUGAAGACCAUAAGUAGGCGAAAACCGUCUCAAAUGCAGGUCCAUCAGGACACCGCCUCCCAAGUGCAAAGUGUAUCUGCUGAGUCUUGUGUUGAAGUUGGGAAGUUUGGAAUAGAAGAAGAGGUGGAAAGGCUUAAAAGAGAUAAAAAUGUUCAUAUGGAGGAGCUAGUCAAGUUGAAACAGCAGCAGCAGGCAACAGACCACUGCUUAGAGAAUGUUGGGCAGCGUCUUCAUUUAAUGGAGCAAAGACAACAGCAAACCAUGUCAUUCCUUGCUAAGGCCUUGCAGAGCCCUGGCUUUAUAGCCGAACUUAUUCAUCAACAGAAUGAAGGUAACAGGCGCAUUCCUGGGAUGAAAAAGAAGAGGAGAUUUCCCGACCAGGAAGAAGAAAUUUAUGCAGGCAAGCCUGUCUGUACUAUGCAUGACAGGCAGAUAGUCCGUUACCAGCCUCUAAUGAAUGAGGCAGCAAAAGCAUUGCUGCAGAAGAUCCUGAAAACUAAUGCAUCUGGUAGGCUGGAAACCAAAGUUAAGAAUACAAAUGGUUUCUUGACUAAUCAUGGCCAUGCUUUCGAAAAUACAUUAGACAGUGCUGGUAUAUGCAGUCGUACUGCUGGGGUUACCCUUCCACAACUGCCAACUUCUUCACAAUCUCAUCUGACGCUGGAUUCAGGAUUUCCAUUCAACUCUAAUUUAUCUGCCAUUCCUGAGAUCCAAUAUUCCCCUAGUCUGGUUCCCGUGGAAGCCAAAGUCCCUCACUUUCCUGGUUUAAAUGCACUUAACUUUCAGACAGACCAUGUUCUGCCUGAAGUUUCAGAAGGAUAUGGGAUAAAUACACUGGACAAUUUUGGAAUAACUGACCUUAAGCGGUUGGGAACUGGGGAUUUGCCAGACAUUGACAGAAUACAAGGCAUUGUGGAUGGUGUAACAUCAGUUCUCCCUGAUAGAUUUUCCACAGAUACUGAUAUUGAUAUCUUUUUGGACGAGAUGUCUAAGCUUCCAGGCAUUAAUGACAUUUUCUGGGAUCAGAUUCUUUCGGCAAGCCCUCUCACUGGGGAUAAGCAUGAGAUUGGUUCCCUAGCAUUAGAAGAUGGUUUAGCGAAGGAAGACGAUGUUCCAGGAAUUCAAGAGAGUGCUUUUGAUAAAAAGAAGCAUAUGAGUUAUCUUACUUAAGAGAUGGGGCUCCUUGCAUCAGGCACAGUGGAUGGAAUCGAGAAUUUUAUUUGAAUCCCGAAUACAUCAAAGAUAUGGCUUUUUAAGACCAAAGUUUUCCAAUUCUGGCAUAUGCCAAAAAAUUUUGCAUGCAUAACUCAACAAAGAGGAAUUUUCACUUUUCUUUUUAUCUCAGCAUUCUGCAUUAUAUGGAUGUCUGACUGACUCGAGGUUGAUGUUCUGUACUGGUAGACAGCACCAAGGUUUUCCGAGAGACUGGUCUUCACCAUUGAUGAAGUUUUGAGUAGAAAAAAAUGUUAUCUGCUUGAUGCAUUUUGAUUAAAACACUUUGAGCAUAUUUAAUUAUAGUUCCGCUCACUGAUCGUCACUCCAUAUGUCUGUAUAUCAAUUUUUUUUUAACAUAAUGGAAUGACAGUAGGGAUUUGAUGGAGAUGUAGGCAUUAACUUUCAGGAAAUUACGAUAUCAUAAAGUUGCAGAUAUGAUGAGCUUAUCAGUCGUGAACAUUUUUUCCUUUCCACUUGUUAUCAGAUUACUGUUGGUCGCACGGAACAUCUGAAAGUGUUUGUGGUCGUU